CAUCCUAUUAUUAUUACGGUGUCGCUCAACGUGGAUACAUGUCAAUUUUUUGUUUGAGUGUUUCAAAAUGGAAAAUCGUAAAAUAAUAACAAAAUCAAAUUAUACAUUAAAGUAUACUUUAGCUGGUCACACUAAGGCAGUUUCAUCUGUAAAAUUCAGUCCCAAUGGAGACUGGUUGGCAAGUUCUGCCGCUGAUAAACUUAUUAAAAUCUGGAGAUCUUAUGAUGGAAAAUUUGAAAAGGAUAUAUAUGGUCACAGACUUGGUAUUUCAGAUGUUGCAUGGUCCAGCAAUAGCAGAUUACUAGUAUCAGCUUCUGAUGAUAAAACCUUAAAAAUAUGGGAAUUGAGUUCUGGUACAUGUUUAAAAACGUUAUGGGGUCACACUAACUACGUUUUUUGUUGUAAUUUUAAUCCAGCGUCCAAUCUUGUAGUCUCUGGUUCUUAUGAUGCAAGUAUAUGUAUUUGGGAUGUUAGAACUGGAAAAUGCCUUAAAACCUUACCAGCACAUUCAGAUAUCGUAACCGCAGUGCACUUUAAUAGAGAUGGGUCUCUAAUCGUCUCAAGUAGCAUGGAUGGAUUAUGUCGAAUUUGGGAUACUGCCUCGGGACAAUGUUUGAAAACACUGAUAGAUGAUGACAAUCCUCCAGUAUCAUUUGUCAAAUUCUCACCGAAUGGAAAAUAUAUCCUGAUAUCUACGAUGGACAAUACAUUGAAAUUGUGGGAUUAUGCUAAAGGGAAGUGCUUAAAAACAUAUAGAGGCCACAAGAACAAGAAUUAUUGCAUCUUUGCAAAUUUUUCUGUAUCAGGUGGAAAGUGGAUUGUGUCUGGCUCAGAAGAUCACAUGGUGUACAUUUGGAAUCUGCAAACAAAGGAGCUUGUACAGAAGCUACAGGGACAUACAGAUGUGGUACUUAGCACAGCGUGUCAUCCAACAGACAAUAUCAUAGCUUCAGCCGCUCUUAAAAGGGACAAAACCAUUAAAUUAUGGAAAAGUGAUACAUAAGAACGAUCUACAUGUUUAUUUCACCUGUUACUUAUUUCUUGUACAAAUCUUUAUUUUUAGAUUGUAGGAAAAUUAUUACAUUGUAAGGUAUAGGUCAUAAUAUUUAUUUCAUUGUAUGAAAAUGCUCAGGAAAUAGUAAAGUAAA